AUAAUAAUAAUAGACAAAUUCUUCAAUACUUUGCUUUCUUCUUCUAUAAACCCCCUUUUAACAUUUGCAAGAUUUCCCACUUCAUUAUAACAAAUUUAUUCGAGGUUUGUAUUUUCAUUUUCUUGUGCAUUAAUCUUUUUGGGUUUUGCUUAUUAAGUCCUUAUUAUGAAGAAAAGCAUCAAUCUUUAGUUAAGUUUCUUAUAAAUAUCCCAACUUUUUGAGGUUUUCAAGGCUAAUUUUCAUCUGGGUGUUGUUAUUUUAGCUAGAUUUCAUCUGGGUUUGUAUCAAUUUUUGAUCUUGAUGAUGAAAUUUGUUGGCUGAUGUUAGGGUUUUAAGUUUUUUCUUUAGGGUUUACUGUUUAUGGCAAAAAGUAGAGAAAAAGUUAUGGGCUUGUUUAGUAUUUUAUGGUGUUUAUUGAUUUAGGGCUAAUUUGUCGAUAAUUCCACAAUGGGUUUUCCUUAGCAUUAGUUGGGUUAAGUUUUUAGGAGCUAAAGUUCUCAAAUUUGGCUACAAAAGGUUAGGAAACAGCCACGGAUACUUCAGUUAGUUGCUUACGUCUGAGUGAAAAGACUCGUCCUCCUUGUGUAACCUGAACAGGGAAAACCUCACCCGUUUAUCUAUUUAAAAUACUCAAAUUUGGUGAUUUGUGAUAUGGGAUCAUCAGGGUUUUUCUCAAUAUGUUUGAUAUAUUCUAUUGUGGCUUUAACUUGUGGAUCAUUAAUGAUGUUUUAUAGCCAUGAGGUAUUUGCAUUUUGUCAUGGGAGUGAAAUUGCUAUUAAGUUAUUAGGCUCAACACCUCAUGAUCAGUUGUUGAUUACAACUUCCGAUUCGUUCUCUGGGCUGCUUUUGUUUGCUGUUGGAAUUCUUUUCUUUAUGGUUGCCUUUGUGAAAGAUAGAGACUUUCAAAGCUUUUUCGCAAAAGGGUGUGUCCUUCUUCACAUUGCAAUGGCCACAUGGAGGAUAUACUUUGAGAGCAAACUCGAAGAACUUGGUCGUGAUUGGCUUAGGCUAGUUCUUGGUGAUUUUGUUUUGGCACUUUCAUGGGUGUUGUUUCUUGUUUAUAGUUGGAGAGAAAAAUACGAUUAGGCAAAUAGAUGAACGACACACGAGUACAUGACUCAUUCUUGAAUCGGGUAAAAACCCUGUUCUUGGAUUCAUUCCAAAUUCGAUGUUCUUAAAUCAAUAUCGCAGCUUGCACAGUUGGUCUUUGGUGAUUUUUGAGGAAAUGACCUCAGCUAACGGAGAUUGUGAAGGUGCUUUUUGUUCUUGCUUGAUUUAUAGGAGUACAUAUUUUCUUGAUUGUGAUUAGUAGAUCUUUGGAGACUUCAAAUAUGUUUUUUUCCCCUUUCUUUUUAUGUUUAAAGAGAAGAACUCUUAUCUUGCUGCUUUUUAUAUUUCAUCUUCAAUGUAAAGCUUCCAAUUUCUGGAUAUAAAUAUUGAAAUUUCUUGAUU